AUGUCAUUACCUUUAUUCAUAGGAAAAAUUAUUGAUACAGCAAAGACACCUAGUGAGGAUGAUACUGAAGUAAAACAAGAGGUUUCUGAUCCCGAUAACGAAAAAGUCAAAAUUCUUGGUCUCCCACCAUAUCAAUUUUACACAGCAUUGGGAGUUUUAUUCGUGAUUGGAGCAUGUGCAAAUUUUGGAAGAUUAUAUUUAUUACGUUCUGUGGGUGAAAGGUUGGUUGCACGAUUAAGAUCAAGAAUGUUUCUGAAGAUUUUAGCCCAGGAUGCAUAUUUCUUUGACAUUGGUCCUACAAAGACUGGUAUGAAGACUGGAGAUUUAAUAUCGAGAAUAGCGAGUGAUACCCAGAUAAUUUCAAAGAGUCUUUCUCUGAAUAUUAGUGAUGGGAUGAGGGCAGUUAUCAGUGGGUUUGUUGGUUUAUCUAUGAUGUGCUUUGUAUCUUGGAAAUUAACCCUUUGCAUGAGUUUAAUGUUCCCUCCUUUGAUUGUAAUGUCAUGGUUUUAUGGUCGUAAGAUCAAAGCGUUAUCAAAGCUAAUUCAAGAGAAUAUAGGUGCCAUGACUAAAGUUACUGAAGAGAAAUUAAAUGGGGUGAAAACUAUUCAAGCAUUUUCUCAACAAAGUCUCAUGCUCCAUAAUUAUAAUACCGAAAUUAAAAAGAUUUUCAGUAGUUCAAUGAGAGAAGCUAAAUUAGCCGGGUUCUUUUAUUCCAUUAACGGGUUUAUUGGGAAUACCAGUAUGAUUGCAUUGUUAGUUAUUGGAACAAAGUUAAUUGGCUACGGCGAAUUAUCAAUUGGGGAUUUAUCCAGUUUUAUGAUGUAUGCUGUGUAUACAGGUUCUUCUGUAUUUGGGUUAGGUAAUUUCUAUACCGAAUUAAUGAAAGGUAUAGGAGCUGCGGAAAGAAUUUUUGAAGUUGCUGAGAGUAACCCAAGAAUUCCUAACCAAUUAGGACUGAAGAUUGAUAAUCUAAAUGGGGAUAUUGUAUUUAAAGAUAUUCAAUUCCGCUAUCCUUCUCGUCCAGAUUCAGUUGUAUUUAAGAAUUUCAAUGUUACUAUUAAACAAGGGGAGAAUGUUUGUUUUGUCGGUCCCUCAGGUAGUGGGAAGUCCACUGUUAGUCAGUUGUUGUUAAGAUUCUAUGAUCCGGAUUCAGGUGAAAUAACUGUUGGUGGCCACAAAAUCCUGAGUUUGAAUUUGAAUCAUUAUCGUAAUCAAUUAGGUUAUGUUCAACAAGAACCACUCUUAUUCAGUGGGUCUAUUAAGGAAAAUGUCUUAUUUGGGAAAGAAAAUGCCAGUGAAGAACAAAUUACCCACGCAUUAGAAUUAAGUAACUCUUCCCAUUUCAUUGAUAAAUUACCUGAUGGUGUUGAAACAUUAAUUGGUUCAUCCAACUCUACCCAAUUGAGUGGGGGACAAAGACAAAGAGUAUCAUUGGCAAGAACUCUUAUUCGUGACCCAAAAAUCUUAAUUUUGGAUGAAGCAACUGCUGCCUUGGAUUCAAUUAGUGAAGAGAUUGUUAUGAAGAAUUUAAUGACUUUGAAUCGUGAAUAUGGAACUACAAUUAUCUCUAUUGCUCAUAGAUUAUCCACGAUUCGCAACAGUGACAGGAUUAUUGUAUUCAAUAACCAUGGAGAAAUUAUAGAAGAUGGAGCAUUUGAUGACUUGUAUAAUGAUCCUGAUAGUGCAUUCAACAAGUUAUUACAGAACCAUAAUUUAGAGUAG